UGGAUCUCAAUUCAACUUUUGAGAAUCACAUUUAAAUGCUUCACCAUAGUUCAUGCCUAUGAUUUUAUGGGGCACUCGUUGUGCGGUACAUUGGAAGUACCAACGAGGGGUUGCCGGAAUACUCGCAUCGCAAAAGAGCUAAACAAAUUCAAGUAAAAUGCUCCUGCGGCCCCUGGAGUGCAGGGGAUGCAGGGGUGGUUGUGCCGCCCGUGGCGAGAGGCGAUCGAAAAUAAUGCGGCCCGUAAACGCCUCAUAUUGAUUUGGCUACGUGGGUUAUAGAAUAUGGAAUAAAAUAUAUCCGCCUCUAAAUACGAUUUAAUAACGCUUUAACCUACUCUUCAAUUCCAUUUAUUGGGCUGACAUCAAAACAUUUAAUUUUGAUAAAUUUUAUGAUUGCAUUCCAGAUGAUUUUAUGUUGAAGAUGGAAAUAACUUACAGAAAGUUCUUCGUUUCGUUACUUGCAUAAAUGUUUUCUUUCAACAAAAAUUUUCCACGUUCUCAUCGAAUUUAGAAACGAAAUUUGAAAAAUAUGUCUGAAACUUUUUUCACCGAAAUUUUAUCCACCCGAAAUUUUUGACGCCGGAUUUUUGUGUACUCAUGGUAUUGGAACCAGCCUCGCUAUAGUUAUUAAAGAGAGAGGCUGGUAACGUGAAGUGGAUUGUUCCGAAUGGGUGCCACGAGUUUUAGGCUCGUUCAAAUAUUGUGUUGCUGAAAAGACUUAAAAGUAUUUCAAAUCGAACUUAACAGACAAGGAAAUCACCAGAAUUCUAUGGUUGCGUACAAGAAACAGCCAUUCGUACAACGUCAAUUUGUAGAAUAUUCAGUAUUAGGCCAUCUAUCGAUCGGUGAUUGAAGCCUGUUGUGAAAAACAUGUCGAAAUCAGUUCACUUAGCAACUCCACAUGUUUUCCCCGGUGUUGGACUCAGAUUUCUUAGAAGCGAUGGAUCGACUUCAGAUGUUGCUUCUGGAAGCAUCGUUGAAAUUAGCUCCAAGGGACAGACAAAUCUAUUAGUUGUUCACAAUGGGUCUGGAAAAACUCUUGUCAAUGUACCCUUGCAAAGAGUAUUAGAUUGUUACAGAGUUGGGAAACUUUGCUUUUCGAUCGGCCUGGACGAGCAGCCUGUCAUACUUAUUUUUGAAAGUAGUGAAGAGCUACAAAGGUUUGAAGAUCUUUUCUAUCUGGUUACUGGACAUCCUAAACAGAUGAAGUCAACAUUUAAUGAAAGGACAGAAGAGUCAUCUGCUGCACAAUAUUUUCAGUUUUAUGGUUAUUUAUCACAACAGCAAAACAUGAUGCAGGAUUAUACAAGGACGUCUACCUACCAAAGAGCAAUUUUGCAGAACAUCAGUGAUUUUAAAGAUAAGGUUGUUCUUGAUGUUGGAGCUGGAACUGGUAUUCUUUCAUUCUUUGCUUUGCAAGCGGGUGCCAGGAAAAUUUAUGCAGUUGAAGCAAGCACAAUGGCACAACAUGCACAAACUUUGGUAGCGCAUAACAAUGCUUCUUCUGUUAUUGAAGUAAUCCCAGGAAAGAUCGAGGAGAUCAGCCUACCCGAAGACGUCGAUGUUAUCAUUAGCGAACCAAUGGGGUACAUGCUGUUUAACGAGAGAAUGCUUGAAACAUAUCUUCAUGGGAAGAAGUGGCUCAAACCUAAUGGUAAGAUGUUUCCGACAAGAGGGGACGUCCAUAUCGCCCCAUUUACGGAUGAUGCUUUGUACAUGGAGCACUUUGGAAAAUCCAAUUUUUGGUGUCAGAAUUCAUUCUAUGGUGUUGACCUAACAAGUCUGCGGCAAGCGGCAACACAAGAAUACUUUAAACAACCAAUUGUGGACACAUUCGAUGUUCGCAUACUGAUGGCCAAGCCUUGUACCCAUCAUGUAGAUUUUCUUAAAUCAACUGAGAAAGACUUGGAAAGGAUUCACAUCCCUUUGCAAUACACAAUGCUGAUGACAGGCACACUCCAUGGACUUGCCUUUUGGUUUGAUGUCGGAUUUUUCGGUUCAACAGGUCAUGUUUGGCUGUCAACUGCCCCGCAAGAACCAUUAACUCACUGGUAUCAGGUACGGUGUCUUCUUCCAAACCCAGUCUUCGUCAGAGCUGGCCAGAGGGUUAACGGCAGCGUUACAUUAGUCGCAAAUGAAAGGCAAAGUUAUGACGUCGAAAUGGAAGUAGUAGUGGAAGGAACUGGUGUUCGCGCAACCAACGUUUUGGACUUGAAGAAUCCAUUCUUCAGAUAUACUGGGAUUCAAACUCCGGCACCCCCCGGAAAUCAUUCUCAAAGUCCUACGGAUGCGUACUGGGGAAACGCAGGUGUGGUUCUGAAUGGGGGCGUACUACCUAGCUCUGUUGGCUCCUUCGGAGUAUCCCAGGGGUCUGGUAACUAUACAGGGGGCGGACUCUUUGCCUAUUCGUCCCAAGCAAUUGGCAAUGUCAUGGCAACAGGCACUGGGUCCUAUUCAAAUCAGUCUCUUGCCUCGAUCUCAAAUUCAGGAGCGGCUGCAAGCACCCGUUACAAUUCGUCAGGUAACUAUGGAAUGUACCAGGGAGGCUACCAUCAGUGAUCAAUUGACGACCACAGUGAUGCAUCAUUUAUCAUCAGUGGUUGAUCGGCAAAGUUUGUUUUUGUUAGAUUUUAACUGAAUCGGAUUCAUCGAAUAAUCAAGUUUAAUUUGUUAAUAUAUCAUGUUAUGAAUGGGACAGCCAGACCUGAAGUGUGCAUUUGGAUGAUUUCUUGUUUCAACAAGCAGCUUUGUAGAUGCUGUCACCUUGUUUGUGGAAGGAAUCAUCUCGUUGCACAAACUUGCAGCCUUGCAUUGACUGGAAAUGAUAGUCCCCAAAUCAGCUCAGUUGUUGCACAUAUUUUGGGAUUUAUAUUCUGAAACAAUGUCUAUCGAUAGCUAUUUACGUCAUCAGAUUGAAGGAGAGACCAUCAAGAAAUGAGCUGGAUCUCUUACCAAACGAUCUGUAGAUUUUGAAAAUUGCUAUGCCUAUGUGUUUUAUUUUCUAAAGAAUUUCACUGUCGCGCUUCUUUCCAACCCUCUUGACCUUUAUGAGUUCUGUUCUUAGUGGCUACUAACUUUGAUCACUUUUGACCUUGCUGACCUAUGACCUUGCUGACCUAUGGUAUCACUGACUGUUGACCUCGCUGACCCAUGACCUCAUUAACUGUUGACGGCCAUUAACGGUCUUUAAUGUUGUCUCCACUUGUAGAUUUUUAAUUUUAAUGUCUAGAACAGUUUUGGGAUUGUUCUUGUUUCAGUAUCAGCACGGACGAAAAGUUAGCUUGAUAGAAUUAACGUGACGAAAAAUUUCCAAAAUAGAGUGAGAUGUUUGCAUUUCAAAAUUAUUAUUGCCAUGUUAGGAUGUGUUCCUCCAUCCACGCUUGGCAUAAAGACAUAUUUUUGCUUAAGUCUGGCUGAUCUGACGGAAUGAUUUGAACUGUACUGUCCUUAGGUUUGGCUUUUGAAGGCUUGAUAUUGUGAAAUUGAUCUCGAUUUUGAGUUUUUAACUGUAUUACAUAUUUUAUGACAUUUUCAAUUGACUUCGAAGUAGUCCAUUUAAUAAAAUUAGUAGCCAGGAAUGAACGUUGUGUGACCCCGUUAUUUGUUUUCAAGUCAUUUAACAAUUUUGCUUUUGAUAUUUUGCUUUGCCUUUCCCCCCGAAAUUCUGUGAUCGCCAACUGAAAUACCACUGAUCUGCAAAGAGACUGGACCGACAUUCAAGGGUUGGCAAAGCAUUUUAUGAAAGGAACUUGUUGGUGAAAAACUGUUGGCUUUCCGUCGUUUUCAUUACGUCGUCUGUACUACUUCGAUUAUUUCUCCUGAUAGUGUUUUCAUCCUAACCCUUUUUCUUUUGUGAUACUCGUAUACAAAAUAUUUUACCCAUGAAAUGUAAUUGUGAAGUAUAUAUCUUGUUGGGGAUUCCUUGGAAUUUUAAUGGGUCUCAAAACUUGUUAUAGCAAACAGCAAAGAAUCCAAGUUCUUUUAACAGAUCAGUGGUACAAAUGAGCUUAGCAUCAUUUCCACCCCUUUUAUUAUUAGGAUGAACUUUUUAUUUAAUAGAAAAGGUCGUUUGAACUGCAAUUUUUAGCCAAACACAAUGUUUAAAAACUGCACGAAAAAGAUGAAACAUUUUUCAGUAAACUGAAUUUGUUGCAAAAUGAUACCACUUUUUAUGCAAUCCAGCUUAUUUCCAGCUUAUUUCCAGCUUAUUUUUAUUCAAAUUGCUUGCUAGAAACAGCGCAUACAUUACUUCCUAGUAAGUUCUAUUAUAACAUCUUGAUCAUUACGCCAUUGACUUUGUUGACACUGUUAAGAUCACUUACAUAUACCGUAAUUAAAACUCUCGCAUGACGUCGAUUCUUCUGUAGCCUGUACUUCCCAUGAAUCCCUUAGUAAAAGGAGAGACAGGCUGUACUUGGUUCAUGUAUAUUUUCACCGUAAAAAGACAUAUUUUCAUACUGCAUGUUAAAAUGUGAAAACCGUCAGUUUUGAAUGACUUGAUACUAGCAAUUAAGUAUUUCAUCAUUUCGAAGUGAAAAUAGCAAAUGAGAUAGACAGCUAUUCCUAAUUAUACUUCACGGUGUCACAUUUGUUUUUCCUUUUGAUUUGUCUCAGGGACAAGACUGUUUUCUCUAAAUUUAUUUUGAAACUGUUUGCCAGUACCAAUAGAAGUAAGGCAACGUGCAAAAUGAAACGACACUGAAAAUAUAACACACGAAUCUCUUAAUGUUGUCUCCAGCUAAAUUAUCAAGGUUGUGUCUUUCUGAAGUCUAAUCGGCUAUGUACUAGAAAGCGGUAAGAAAUUUAUCAGAUGUAUUAAAGUGCAUGCCAUGGCCAAUGCAAAAUGUAAUUUCUAUUUACAAAGAGCCAUCAUCUACAUGUGAAAAGGGGAACAAAGUACAAUCUUCAGUGGCGACCCAAAAUUAUAACUAGAACAGUUCUUGUUAAUAACCUCCCAAUAAACGUCUGCUUCGCUCUGCGUCUAAAGACCUUGUUUCAAGUGUUUUCAAUGUCAUUUUUUAUCAACCUAAGUCACUACGUAAUAAACCAACAUUGCUUCAAGAUGGAUUGGGCGAAUUCGACUUUUAAAAUACUUGGCUAAUCAAUGAAAAGUGGUAUUAAAUUCGUCCAAUGGCAAUAUCGGGCUGUUGAGCUUCAAAUUUAUAAAGUGUAUUCUGGUAGUAAAUAUUUCCCUUGCAAUGUAAUUGUGCCUCAAUUUUACAAUGCUUAAAGUUUCUUUCAGGGCGCCGUUACCUAUCAUAUUUUGUGCUUCCUUUUUUCUAAGCUUGUGUAUUAAUUGUGAAUUUUUUUCCAAAAUAUCGAUUCGUUUCCAUGAUCCCAAAGGAUGAAAUGCAUGGCUAGUGAAGUAUGCAAGAGAGGAAUGAAAGGUCCAGACCCUCUUUUUUAAUUUUAUAAGACAAGUGUUAUCCAGAAAACGUUCAGAAGACCGUUUUUGAAUUCUCUCUUGCUACGGCUCUAAAUUUUCAAUUUUACCCACUUCUGUAUUUUACUAGUCAUGUUAAGGACAUAUCUCCAAACGUUUAAUUGGGAAUUUUUUUAACUAACCGGAUAAAAAAGAUGAACUUGUCUGUGUUUGGGUUUUGGAAUCUAUAUCUCGUCACAUUGAGGCUGCAAGCUGGCUUCGAACGAGGCAACGCACUGCCCAGCCUAGUUUGAAGCGAAAUGCGGCAAAUGAUUUGAAAAUUACAAGCACAAGAAAUCCAGCACUGAACGAUUUUGUCUCCUAAAGUACAAAUUGCUUGGUAAGUGGGCCCAAUUUGACAGAUUUAUUCGUAUAGGAACUUGUUGAGAAUAUGAUAAACAAAAUUAACGCCAGAGCAAAUAAAUUUCGUUAAGUAGCCUAGAGUGUUUUCAAUGAGAUUUAGUUCUCUGCAUUUAGAUCCCAUUAAAGAACAGUUUAUCGAAAAACACUAUAAAAUAUUAUAUGUACAAUAUAAAUUAAUCUGAGUAUACUGGUGGAAAGUCAAAGCAUGAUUUACGGUACUUAAAAAGUUUUACGAUGUUUCAAGAUAAGUUAACAAAGUUAGAACGAAAAUCAGUUGGAAUGGGUUUGUGGUCUUUGCUUUGAAACACUCAAAGGGGAAGAUUUUCCAGUUUAUCCUAAUAUUGUCUUUGUGUUCAAUGAUAUUGUCUUUGUCAAAUUUCACAUAAUCCUUUCAGGUGUUCAGAUUCAAAGAAAAAGGCUUUGAUUUUUUAAUGACAAGUUUUUUACACUAAAUUACUUCAAUAUUUAUAAAUAUCUCUUUGCAACACAUUGCAUGUACAUUUACUUCUAUCAAUUACUGUCUGCAUUCUAUAGAGAGGAUUCUGACUGGAUGAUUGCCCCAAAAAUAUCAGACUGGCUAAAGGGGCAAUUUUAGUGUAUUUCCAAAGUUUAAGAUAAAGUUGUCUUCUAAGUUGUUUAUGUCCCUUGAUAAACUUAUUUAUCUGAAUUAACAAAGAAUGAAAACACACUUGAGAAAUUUUGUCAUCAUUUUAUUUCCAGAACUGAGGAAUAUCUUGGUAUGGUUGGUAGAUCAUCUGAUGUAGUUAGAUCUUGUGAUAUUCCAAGAUAUACCAUUAGCCAAAACUGUAGUUAGAUAUGAAUUCACCAAAAACUGUUUCUGGUGAAUGAGUAUUUAAAUACAGUUUUGGCUAAUGGUUUCGAACUUUACCAAUCAAUAGGCCUUAAGAUUUUUAGAAUAUUGUUAAUUUCUUGCUUUUGAUAUUAUUUGUAUUUCUUUUAAAGACCCACUGUCAACCAACAAAGAAGCCUUUAUGAUUUACAGGGUAUUCUCUUGUUUAUCAACAUCUCGUCUGCUCACUUUCCAGAUUUUCUGUGUGUCAGAAAAUAAAAGAUGCGCAGUUACACCAGAAAGGUAAACAUAACAAACACACAAAGCUGCUGGUGUCAGUUAGGGCUGCCGUUUUGUAGAAAAUAUGCUGACGAAUAGAAAGUUGCUAACUCCGCCACCUCAGAUUCAGCUGAGAGCGACAAAAUAUUACCCAAAGUUUGAAAACAAUUUGCAUCAUGAAGCUAUGGGGAUAUGUGAAACUGCUUUUUGUUAUCAGACACUCCAUACACUCAUGUCCUUGGAUACAGCUUAAUGCCUAUACAAAUUGCUUGAAUUUGAAAUUAAUUUGAGGCCAGCACUUCAAGAGUAACAGAACUGCACAUACUCAAUUUUCUGACACAGAAAUUUGUGAAAUUGAGCAGACGCAAUGUUGAUAAACAAGAGAAGACCCUGUAAAAUAUUGAGGGUUCUUUCUUGGUUGACAGUUGAUCUUUAACUAUCCUUUUUAAUUGUUUCAACAUUAUAUGCUUCCAUUUUUCAACAAUAUAUUCUUGCUUAUUCUUACUUUUAAUUAACACUACUUUUUAGAGAUUUGGCAGAGAAAUGACAAGUACCAAG